GAGAACAGCUCAGCCCAGCCGCCUCUCCCACAAGCCCUGCAAGGCUGCAGGGGAGCAUCAAGCCGAACAGCAUGGAAGAAGAAAUACGCACAGGUUGCUGAUCGAGCCAGCUAGCUGGCUUCCUCAUGCAAGUACCGCAUUGGGGCUGCGCCCUCGUCCACCCUCCCCUCCCCAAGGUGUCGCCAAGAAGAGAGGUUUGCUUUUUUGGAAAUUACCCUGACUGCCCCACCCCACGACUGAGCUGUCUCGGCUGGAGUGACAGCCAACUUCACCGCCAAGACCUGCGGUUCCAUGGCUAUGUCCCUGCCAGGGAGCAGACGACCCUCGACGGGAUCCCGGAGGCGUCCCUCUCCGCCAGUGAGCAUGCGGGACACCUACGGCACCUCUUCGCUCAGCAGCAGCAGCAACUCCGGCUCCUGCAAGGGCAGCGACAGCAGCCCCACCCCAAGGCGCCCAGUCAAGUACCUGCUGUGCAGUGACAACCAUGGGAUCAAGCCCCCGACCCCCGAGCAGUACCUGACCCCUCUCCAGCAGAAGGAGGUUUGCAUUCGGCACCUCAGGGCCAGGCUGAAAGACACGCACGAGAGGCUGCAGGACAGGGAUGCAGAGAUUGAUGACCUGAAGACGCAGCUCUCCAGGAUGCAGGAGGACUGGAUCGAGGAGGAGUGCCACCGCGUGGAGGCCCAGCUGGCGCUGAAGGAGGCCCGGAAGGAGAUCAAGCAGCUGAAGCAGGUGAUCGACACCGUCAAGAACAACCUGAUAGAGAAAGACAAAGGGCUCCAAAAGUACUUUGUGGACAUCAACAUUCAGAACAAGAAGCUGGAGACCCUGCUUCACUGCAUGGAGGUUGCCCAGGACGGGACGGUCAAAGAAGAGGGGGCAGCUGAGUCCGCGGGGGGCUCUCCAGCCCGCUCCCUCACCCGCAGCUCCACCUACACCAAGUUGAGCGACCAAGGGGCCGCCGACAGGAACCUGGGCGGCUCCCAGAUCUCGGUGGAAGAAGCGGCCGACAGUGGCUUUGUGGCUGCAGACGAAUCCUUGAGCCGGACGGACUUGCUGGACCAGAGUAGCCUCCUGUCCUCGGGGGUGGAGUGCGGCACAGAUGACACCUCCCUGCAGACCAACUUCACCCUGGGGUCCCGGGUGCCGACCAGCUCCACGUACGAGAAGCUGAUGGGGUCUCAGCACAGCGUCGAGGCUGCUGUGCAGGCCAGCUGCAUGCAGGAGCAAGCCAUACAGACGGACUUUGUGCAGUACCAGCCGGAUCUCGAUACCAUCCUAGAGAAGGUGAUGAAAUCCCAGGCUUGCAGCCUGGGCAGCCCCACGUCCGUGUGGGUGUCUGAAAUGGAGGAUGCGGCCGAGCCGCAUAGCUCAGAGAUCCGGGCCCAGAGCUUCCCCGGGGGGCCCACGGACAUGGCAGCUGCUGAUCCCAGCUCAGCUGUGUUGAUCAGCGCUGGGGAGGAGGAGGAAAAUGCUACUGAGCAAGCAGGUUCGCCAAGCCCAGCGGCCAACAGCCCAACCGUGCACCAGCCUUCUAGCGCGAGCCAGUCGGUGAGCGUCGUGUGUGCCCCAGAAGAAGAAGAAGCUGAGCCAGGCCGGGAGCUCGUAGCAGCAGCGGCAAGGGAGCCCCAAACUUACUGGAGCCGCCACUUCAUCGUGGAUCUCCUGGCUGUGGUGGUGCCGGCAGUGCCUACCGUCGCCUGGCUGUGCCGCUCCCAGAGGAGGCAGGGCCAGCCCAUCUACAACAUUAGCUCGCUCCUGCGCGGCUGCUGCACGGUCGCCCUGCACUCCAUCCGCAAAAUCAGCUGCCGCUCUGUAGCCGGCACCAGCAGCUCCUGCUCCCAGCCGUGAC